GAAAUGAAGACGCCAUGAAGUCACCUCUGGCAUGAUAAGAAAACAUCAGCAUCUAGUGGAUAUUUAUGAGUUUGGAAACCAAAGCGCAAUAACGAAAGGAAUCCCAUCGGAAGAAGAAACCCUCUCGAGGUGCUGAUCUUGUGGAACUCACUUUUGAUCAGAAAGAAAAAGGGAAGACUGAAGUGUCCAUAUUGCAAUUAAUCGUAUACAUACCUGUCACCAUGGAGAAGAAACCCUAUACUUGUCUUGAGUGUGGAAAGAGCUUCACUGUGAGUGGAGGUCUACGCAGGCAUCAGAGGACUCACACUGGGGAGAAGCCCUAUAAAUGCCAGGAAUGUGGACAGAGCUUUACUGAGAGUGGUAAUCUACGUUCACACCAAAGGACUCACACUGGAGAGAAACCCUACCAAUGCCCAGAGUGCGGAAUGUGCUUCACUCACAGUUCAAGUCUGCAUAACCAUCAAAGGAUUCACAGUGGGGAGAAACCCUAUCAAUGCCUGGAGUGUGGAAUGAGCUUCACUCAGAAAGGAACUCUACAUUCACAUCAAAGGACUCACAAUGAGGAGAAACCCUAUAAAUGCCUGGAAUGCGGACAGAGCUUCACUCAGAGUAGAGGUCUACUAAGACAUCAGAGGACUCACACUGAGGAGCAAAACUAUAAAUGCCUGGAAUGUGGACAGAGCUUCACUGAGAGUGGAACUCUACGUUCACAUCAAAGGACUCACACUGGGGAGAAACCCUUCGAAUGCCCAGAGUGCGGGAUGAGCUUCACUCAUUGUUCCAGACUGUAUAAUCAUCAAAGGAGUCACACUGGAGAAAAACCCUUUAAAUGUCCAGAGUGUGGGAUGAGCUUUGCUCAUACUUCAAGUCUGUAUAAUCAUCAAAAGAUUCACACUGGAGAGAAGCCCUAUACAUGCCUGGAGUGUGGACAGAGCUUCGCUAAGAGUUCAAAUCUACUUUCGCAUCAAAGGACUCACACUGGGGAGAAACCCUUUAAAUGCCUAGAAUGUGGACAGAGCUUCACUGAAAGUGGAACUCUACGUUCACAUGAAAGGACUCACACUGGGGAGAAACCCUAUAAAUGCCAAGAGUGUGGACAGAGCUUUGCUCAGAUUGGAAAUCUACAUAGACAUCAAAGGACUCACACUGGGGAGAAACCCUAUAAAUGCCUGGAGUGUGGACAGAGCUUUGCUCGGAUUGGAAGUCUACGUUCACAUCAAAGGACUCACACUGGAGCAAAACCCUAUUCAUGCCCUUAGUGUGGACAGAGUUCCACUCAGAAACACAAUCUGUACACAUAUCAAAGGUUGCAAACUGGGAGAAAUCUUAUAAAUGCCUGGAGUGUAGACAGAGCUUCACUGAAAGUGGAAGUCUAUGUUCACACCACAGGACUCACACUGGGGAGAAACCCUCUACAUGCACAGAAGAAAUAUGUUUCUUAAAAAUUCUGGAUGGUCAUCUAGAAAGAAAAUUGAAAGAUUGCUAAAAUACCUGUUUUGACAGGCCUUUGAUUUUUGAUAUUGCUGUUUUUAAAUUGUUUUUAAAUUGUGUUAGAUUUUAGCCAUUCUUGUAAGCUGCUCCGAGCCCCAGGGAAGUGGAGGCAUAUAAGUUCGAAUAAUAAAUAAAUAAAUAAAAUAUAUGAUAAUCAGGCUGCCGAGCGUUGGACCAAUUGAAGUUUCUGAACUGUCUUCAGGGGAAGCCCCAUGUAGAGUGCAUUGCAGUAAACCAGUCUAGAGGUAACUAAAGUGUGGACCACCGUGGUCAGGUCAGACUUCACAAGAUAUGUUCACAGCUGGCACACAAGUUUAAAUUGUGCGAAGACCCUCCCAACCACCGCCAACACCUGUAUGUCAAGUGUCAGCGCUGAAUCCAGGAGGACCCCCAAGCUGUGGACCUGGGCCUUCAGUAGGAGUGCAACCCCGUCAAGCACAGGUUGCCACCCAAUGUGCGACUGACCUGGAGGACCUCUGUCUUGUCAGGAUUAAUCUUCAGCUUGUUUGUCCUCAUCCAGAUCGUCACAGCAGCCAGGCACUCGUCCAGCAUCCGAGGGGCUUCCUUGGAUUCUGGUAGAAAAGAGUAGUGGAGUUGGGUGUCAUCUGCAUAGAGAUGGCACCAUACUCCAGAACUCCAGAUGACCUCUCCCAGCGGUUUCAUGUAGAUCAGUGGUUCUCAACCUGGGGUCCCCAGAUGUUUUUGGCCUACAACUCCCAGAAAUCCUAGCCAGUUUACCAGCUGUUAGGAUUUCUGGGAGUUGGAGGCCAAAAACAUCUGGGGACCCCAGGUUGAGAACCACUGAUGUAGAUGUUAAAGAGCAAGGAGGACAAGAUAGAUCACUUUCAAAAACAUUGGAACUUUAAAUAAACUCUUUCCUGACAACAGGCAUCCUCAUGAGGGCGGCACUCAUGAGGACUCUGGCCUCACGAGUGGCGCCCUGGCCUUUGGGAGGAAUGAAACUCCACAUUCCAGGUGGACAAUGGGAGGAAACGGGAGAUCAGAAGUUCUCUAAAAUUGUGGUGUGUUUCCAUGCUCAGUGUCCCUGGACUGUGAUGCGGCUCAUGACAUAGAGCCUGGUCAGAAUAUAUCCAGCCAGAAGGAGAGGGAGG